GUCAGAGUCCAGAGAGCCUGUUGCAAAUGGAAACGCUGUCACUCGCUUCAAUGACUUGGACCACGUUGGAGUAGUCACUCAGUGAGUGAUGUGAGGCUUUGAACGGACAUUCGGCCCCUCUCAGGGCCAGCAGCUGCCGGGAAUUCUGUAUCAUUUCCACUUUGUUACAUUGCCAUUGUGACGUCACGGCAAGCGACCAGCCGCCGCAGUGCGCACGCGCCGUGGCCGAUGCGGCAGUGAGAAGAUCUGGAGCUGGACCUAUGCCGCAAUGUGUAUGGACAGCAUGUGGCCAAAGAAGUGAUUGUCAGUGCCAUAAAACAGUUCCUGCAGAAGCACAGCCCAGUGAAGCCCCUGGUCUUAUCGUUUCACGGCUGGUCAGGGACUGGGAAAAGCUAUGUUACUACAUUGUUAAUGAGAAACCUGUAUCGGGAUGGGAUGAAAAGCUCUUAUGUGCACCAGUUUGUACCCACCUUGCACUUUCCCCAUGCCUGCCAGAUCGACACGUACAAGGAGCAGCUGCAAAGCUGGAUCAGUGGUAACCUGAGUGACUGCAGCAGAUCUGUCUUUAUUUUUGAUGAAAUGGACAAAAUGCACCCAGGUUUGAUUGAUGCAAUCAAGCCCUUCCUCGGCAAUUCACACGUUAUGUACGGAACAAAUUAUCGGAAGGCGAUAUUUAUUUUUGUAAGCAAUGCUGGAGGCAAGCAGAUAAACAGGGUGGCACUAGACUUCUGGAAGAAUCAAAAGGACAGGGAGGAAAUUCGACUGGAAGACUUGGAGUCCAAAAUAUCCAACGAGGUUUUCAAUAACAAACUCAGUGGGUUCUGGAAUUCCACGAUCAUAAAUGAACAACUUGUCGAUCAUUUUGUACCGUUUCUACCUUUGAAACUCAAGCACAUCAAGGAAUGUGUGAGAAGUGAGAUGGUCUCCAGAGGCAUCAAACCUUCAGAUGAAAUAGUUGCAGAAGUUGCCAAGUCCAUGAACUUUAUCCCAGAGAGUGAGAAACUGUUUUCUCAAACAGGCUGCAAGACAGUGUCUGCCAAAUUGGACUUCUUCUUGUAACUUCAAGAGGAUAUUGUACAAGUGUUUGUGUCAGAAAGUAUAAUUGUAUAUCACCGGUUACUGUUGUCUCUUGGGAGAGAAUUUUGAAGAUCUGAUUGUUGUUGCUAACUUAUUUAAUUUGAUGAUAUCCAGUUAGCCUUCAGAAUAAUGUCCUGUUUUAGGGAUAAAUUAUUGGGCCAGAAGAAGAAGAAAAGUCUUUUACUGGACCUUUUUCUUUUAAGAAAAUUAUUUAAUAAAUCCAAAUGUAUAAUUGCUUCAGUAAAGAAUUGAGAAUCAGAUUAUUCCUGGUCCAAGAGUGGAUGCUGAAUGCAGAGCCCAACUCGAUCAGUUAACAAAUUCUUCAGAGGGACAGAGCAGUUGAUUUACAAUGCCAGUUUACAGGAGUGGUGAGAGGACAGUUGUUUGAUUUGGCAUGCUAAAAAUCAGAAUCUUUUUGCCAAUCAUUGACACUGACUAUAUAAAAAUCUAUGACCUGCAAACAUACCUUUAUAAAAAAUACAUAGUGAGCUCAUAUCGUAUUGCACAGGUCUGCCAGUUUAAGAAAAAUUGAGCACUCUGCACCACAUGUAAACUUAAUAUUCAGUCUAAGUUCUUUAUGAUAACCCUUGAUUUUUGCACACGAAUUCUGAAAGUGGAUCCUGAAUGGAGGAGAUUCUGUUCUAAAACUAUUAAAUAGAGAAAAGGGAAUUCUUGGUUGUGGUUACAGGCAGAGUGUUCAUUCAGAGCUGGCCAAUAACUUGGAAAAUACCACACAGGUCAUGCAAAGGUUGGCUCCUUUAAGUUGCCAUAUAUACCCAAUCAGGUUUUUACAACCAAGGACCCUUGCAAUUUAAACAAAUUGGUUGUGCACUGCAAAAGAAAAAAGAAAUUAUUACAGGAGAGUAAGGUUUGUAAUCACCUGGGUGGAUUUUAACCACUGUUUAAAUAAUUGUGAUGGGGUUAUUAUCUGGAAAUCAUCCCAACUGUAACAUUUUUCAUCAAAUAAUACUGCCCUUAUUAGUCAGUUAUUGCCUGUGACCAGUGCUGGGUGUGGGGACAAGAAUUGAUCAAGGUACGAUGCGUAAUGGCCUCCACUAUUUAAAAACAGGAUGAAAUUGCUGAAAUAAAUAGCUGCAAUUUCCAGCUUCUGUGUGGCAAAGCCUCACAAGAGGAUUUGUACACUGGGCAGGAAUUAGGAAAGUGGUUGAAGGGCUAGGUUUUGAGGCUAUUUAAGGGUAGGAAGAGAUGGAGCACAAUGUACCCAUUUUGGGUAAUUCAGGAAUAACUUGGCUAGUGGUUUAUUUUCCCCAAUAUUUGACCUGCUAACAUAGGGAAUUGUGGCAACACAAAAACAAAACAGUGCAGGCAUUGGAAAAUGCUGAAAUUGUUCAGCAGGUCUGGCAGCAUCAGCGGAGAGAGACAGUUAACAAUUCAAGUUGAUGAUUUUAACUCACUUCCUCUUCAUAGAUGCUGCCUGACCUGCUGAGCACUUCCUGCAUUUUCUGUUUUCCUUUGGGAAGUUAUAGCUGUGAAUUUGAACCUGCCCACUGUAUGGCUGAAAAUCCCUGGAGUACCUGGGAUGUAAAUCCAUCUUAACAUAAAUAUCCUGAGGAUUUUCCACAAAAAAAAAAACCCCUAGAUGUUUGUUCUUGGCCAAGUUUGCUUUUACACUCGGA